AACAAAAUAGCAGCUCUCCUGCCGGCAAGUGCCAAUGGCAGAAUCUGAGGUUUAACAGAGGGUUCUCUCGUAGGCCGUACUGUUCUUCGACACCCUCUCCCCUUUUCCCUUCACUCUCUCUUAUCACCCACAAAGCGGAAACAAGUAAUGGCUUCCACAGCGCCAUUCUCAACUACAUCUCAAAUUCAGUACUCGGCAUGGCCAUCAAAACCCCCAUCCAAAUCCUCAAAACCCCACAAAAACCUUCACUUCCUCUCCAACCAAGCUCCCCUCACUCCUCUCUCAGCUUCCUCGUCUUCCUCUUCUUCAUCCUCGUUCCCGGCUUCCCUCAAUCCCAAAUCCUCCAGGAAUCUACAUCUAUUCAACCCAUUAAACGAUUCCAGCCACGACCAUCUCCUCGAAGACCGCCAGUCACUCGAGAAUCUCAUGAAUUUGGAAUUGAGGGAAAGUGAUCAAAUUGAAGGGGGGAAAGAUGAAAAGAGAGUGUUCAUCCAAGACCCACCAUGGAUUUCAGCUCUGUUCCUGAAAGGUAUGCAGAAAUUAGCUCAUCGGGAAGUGAGGGUGGCGUUCAAGGAUAUCGAGAAGAGGAAGUAUAAUUUGCUGAGGAGGAGGCAGAUUAAGUAUGAGACGGAGGCUUGGGAAGGAAUGGCGGAGGAGUAUAGGGGAAUGGUUAGGGAGAUGUGUGAGAAGAAGCUCGCGCCUAAUUUGCCUUACGUCAAAGGUUUGUUCUUGGGAUGGUUUGAACCGUUGAAGGAAGCUAUUGAGAAGGAGCAGAAGUUGCAGAGGGGGAAGAAACAUAAGACUGCUUUUUCGCCGCAGAUUGAAUCGUUGCCCGCGGAUAAAAUGGCGCUCAUUGUUAUGCAUAAGAUGAUGGGGUUGCUGAUGGUGGGGCACGAAGAUGGGUGUAUUCAGGUUGUUCAGGCUGCUGUACAAAUUGGGAUUGCCAUCGAGCAGGAGGUCAGGGUUCACAAUUUCUUGGAGAAGGCCAAGAAGUACCAGAGGAACAGGACAGCUACUGAUGAUGAAGAUGGCCAAAGAGUAGAGAAGGAGAUACUUAGAAAACGUCUUAAUAGCUUGAUUAGGAGGAAAAAGCAUGUGGAGGUGCAGAAGCUGGUGAAAAGCGAUGAAAUCAAACCUUGGGGACGAGAUAUACAGGCUAAGCUGGGAAGUCGGCUCAUACACCUCUUGACUGAGACAGCUUUUAUACAAGCUCCAGUUGACCAGUUGUCAGAUGCUCCACCAGAUGUGCGACCUGCCUUUAGACAUAGGUUCAAAAAUUUGCCAAGGAGCCCAGGGCAAAAGAUUAUGAAGAGAUAUGGUGUUGUAGAGUGUGAUCCGCUCAUUCUUGCAGGGCUUGAUGGAUCUGUGAAGUUCUCUAUUAUGGGUUUCUACUUCCCGGCUGUCAAAUUCGGAGGCAAUCUUGAAUUACCAGGUCCUUGGCUGGCGAAGCAUAUGUUGGUUCCUUAUUUUCCCAUGCUGAUUCCUCCCAAGAAAUGGAGAAGUCAUGACAAAGGCGGGCAUUUGUUCUUGCCUUCUUAUGUCAUGCGCACUCAUGGAUCAAGGAAGCAACAGGAGGCUCUUAAGGGGGUGCCGAGAAACCAAAUGCAAAGAGUAUUUGAGGCCCUGGAUACACUUGGUAACACGAAGUGGAGGGUGAACAGACAAGUACUUGAUGUGGUAGAGACCAUUUGGGAAAAUGGUGGCAACAUUGCAGGGUUGGUGGACCGGGCAGAUGUUCCCUUGCCUGAGAAACCAACCUCAGAAGAUCCAACAGAACUUCAGCAGUGGAGAUGGAGCGUGAGGAAAGCUAAAAAGAUAAACCGAGAGAGACAUUCUCAACGCUGUGACACUGAACUUAAACUUUCAGUUGCUCAAAGACUGAAAGAGGAGGAUGGCUUCUAUUAUCCUCACAAUCUAGACUUCCGUGGUCGAGCAUAUCCAAUGCAUCCACAUUUGACUCAUCUGAGUUCUGACCUUUGUCGAGGAGUUCUUGAAUUUGCUGAAGGAAGGCCAUUGGGGAAGUCUGGGUUAAGUUGGCUAAAAGUCCAUUUAGCAAACCUAUAUGGAGGUGGAGUUGAAAAGAUGCCUCAUGAUGCGCGCCUGGGGUUUGUUGAGAAUCAUCUGGCUGAUAUAUUUGAUUCAGCACAGAACCCUGUUGAUGGAAAGCGCUGGUGGUUAACCGCUGAAGACCCUUUCCAGUGCUUAGCUGCUUGUAUUAAUCUGUCUGAAGCUUUAAUGAGUGAAUCACCUCAUUCUACAAUUUCAUACCUGCCAAUUCACCAGGAUGGCUCAUGUAAUGGCUUACAGCACUACGCAGCUUUGGGAAGAGACACUCUGGAAGCAACAGCAGUUAACUUAGUAGCUGGAGAGAAACCAGCAGAUGUUUAUUCUGAGAUUGCUGUUAGGGUCCAUGAAAUAAUGGAAAGAGACAGCACUAGAGACCCUGCUACAUAUCCAAGUGCCUUAUUAGCCAAGGCCUUGACGGGUCAGGUAGAUAGGAAAUUAGUUAAACAGACAGUGAUGACUUCUGUCUAUGGUGUCACUUAUGUUGGAGCCCGUGAGCAAAUAAAAAGAAGAUUAGAAGAGAAGGGUCAUUUUACAGAUGAUAAACUGCUAUUCAGCGCAUCUUGUUAUGCUGCCAAGGUGACAUUGACUGCCUUAGGUGAGUUAUUCCAAGCUGCACGUGACAUCAUGGGGUGGCUUGGUGAUUGCGCGAAGGUCAUUGCUUCAGAUGGGCAACCUGUGCGGUGGACGACUCCCCUAGGUCUCCCUGUUGUGCAACCAUACUACAAGAGUGAACGUCAUCUGAUAAAAACUUCCCUCCAAGUUUUGGCCCUGCAGCAGGAGGGUACCACAGUGGAGGUACGGAAACAGAGAACUGCAUUUCCACCGAAUUUUGUGCACUCCCUUGAUGGGUCGCACAUGAUGCUGACUGCUAUGGCUUGUAGAGAUGCCGAUUUGCGUUUUGCAGGGGUACAUGAUUCCUUCUGGACACAUGCCUGUGAUGUGGAUUUGAUGAACCGGCUGCUUCGUGAGAAAUUCGUGGAGCUCUAUAGUAUGCCCAUACUUGAAAAUUUGCAUGAGAGCUUUCAGACAACGUAUCCAGGACUGAAGUUCCCACCUCUUCCCAAGAGAGGGAACUUCGACUUGAACAAAGUGCUCAAAUCACAAUACUUCUUCAACUGAAAUUCUUCCCUGGUCAUUGUAACAUACCGGGCUAACCUCAGAUGAAUUGCUGCUCAUUCAUGCAAAAUCCCUAUGAAUGGCUCUAGGUUGUUGGCUGGAAACGAUUCUUUGAACAGAAUCAGGGUUCAAAGCUGGCAGUGGGAAUCAGGAAAGGCAUGGAGUGCUUCAACAGAAGCAUGAUGCCAGCUUUGCCUCCACUAUCUUAUAAAGGUUCCUGAGGGCCAUAGGUUUGUUCUCAUGCUUUGUUAUGAUCCAACAGGAUGAAAGAGGGCCGACUCGCUCUCGAAAUAGGCAGAUUAAGAGAGAUCUUGAGAAUCUGAGAGCUUAGGACCUUUCUUCUUGAAGGUGAACUUCCUCCUCGGAGGACGGAGGGUGCCUUUACUGGGACCGGAUAUACGAACUAAUGAACGGCGCCUGAUCAACAGCUGAGUUUUAAGGCAUGCUGUCGGGUGAGAAGGCAUUGUGAAGACAGUAAAACGAAAUCAUACCAGAUCAAUAGAGUCAAAGAUUAGUCUGCAGAGUGUUUGUAGCAUGAUUUUUGUUUCCAGUUUUAUUUAUUGGGCGGGCUAGAAUGUAAAUGAAUAUGGCUGUGAGCUUAGAAGCCACAUUUUUGUAGCAUAGCAAGUUUGUUCAUUGACUGAUUUGUCUCAACUAUGCCAUUAACUUAUGAAUGAUCAAAUUGGAAUUGAAAGGAAAUCUUGUAUAAAUUGCAGUCCUCAACUUUGUUUGAGUGCUCAUUUUAUUGGAAUCAUUUUGUGUUGUGGUUACACUGAGCUACAUUCCUCUGAGAUGAGGAUUAAAGAUUGACUGUACAAAACAAAGCAGUAAAAGCUACAUCUUUCCAUUGAACGUUUGGCUUCACAGCCCCAUCUGCUUCAUCCACAAAGACCAUUUGACAGACUCCAAAUACUUAUCAUUCUUCUGCAAUGCAGCAAUCAAGUUAGUGUAUGUAAUCUUAUUAGGUUCUACCCCAUUGUCCCUCAUCUCCUUCACCAAACUGACUGCAUUCUCAACCAUUCCAGCAACCCCAUAAGCCUUAAUCAAAGUGUUGUAGCUACAUAUAUCUGGUCUGAGUCCGCAUUGUCUUAGUUCGGUCAGAACUCCUUCAACUUCAUCGAUCCAUCCUCGUUCUCCAUAAACGUUCAACAUAAUGUUGUAAGUGUAAGCAUCUAAUGAGCAGCUCGAUUCUUUCAUCCUUUGCAACACACUCUGAAAGCUCUCAGUCUGACCUUCUUUCCCGUAUGCAUCCAGCAUGGAGUUGAAUGCUUCAAGGGAAACUGAGAACCCGUCAAGCUGCAUUGUCCGUACUGUUGCAGCCAUCUUCUUGAAGUCUUUACUGCGGCCAUAAGCAGCAAUGAUGGUAUUGUAAGAGAUGGCAUCAACCAGACCUCGUUUCCUUGCCAUUUGCAGCAUCUCCUCGGCCUUUUCAAACUGCCCUGAUCUUCCAUAAAUAUUGAGCAUAACAUUGAAGGUAACGGUGUUAGGAACAAAGCCUUGGCGAAUCAUCUCGUUGAAGAGCCUGGAAAGCUCAUCGACUGGUAGAGCAUUGGCACAGCAGUUUAUGACGCAGUUGUAAAGCUCCUGGUCCCAAACGAUAUCACUUUUCAAAAGGUUGUAGUACAGAUCUUUUAACUUGCUCGACAAGCCAGUUCGUUGGUAGAUUCGCAGCAUGUCUAGGUAAAGAUAAACAUCUGGAACUACAUCCUUUUGUUUCUCCAUUGAUUCCAGAACAUCACAAGCUUGUUUUAAGGACCCAGAUUUCACAUACAUCCUCACAACAAUGUUGAAUGCAAUCAGAUCCAUGGCAAUUCCUGAAGAUUUCAUCUUCAGAUAAAGCUCUUCUCCUUCAUCAAACCGACCCAUUGUGGUGUAAAUAUCAAUCAUGGUGCAAGAAAUGUGCAAGUUUGGCUGAUUGAGAUCAGAUUUAGGCAUCAGUGUAUAUAUCUCAACAGCAUUCUCAAGAUUCCCCAGCUCCUUGCAAGAGCAAAUCAGCAAAUGAUACAAGUUAUCCUCAAAAACCCCAUCCUUCCACCUCUUCUCUCUUAACACUUUCAUGGCUUCAUCCACCAUAUUGUUCUUCACAUAAGCCAUUACAACGAUAGAACAAGAAGUUUGGUUUACCAUAAUAUGCUGAUAAAAUGAGGAAUGCAGAAGAAUGGGGACUCUGUUCAUCCUUCCUACUCUCUCAUAUGCUUUCAGCACAGUGCCAAUGAUCGAGGAAUGCUGACAUCUCAUCUCCAGCAUCUCGUCCAGAGUUCUAAUUGCUCCUGCUUCAUCGCCAUGUGCAGCCUGCAGAUUGAUCAAGGUGUACAAAUUUGACGAGUUAGGCCUGAAGCCCAAUCUCUUCAGCUCAUUGUAAUACCAUUUUGUCUCUUCAUAGUUCCCCAUUCGACCCCAUCCUUCAAUCAUGGACCGAUAGGUGGUCUCAUCGGGCUGUAACCCUACAUCUUCAAUAGCUGAAAACAGGCGUUGAGUAGCAACCAUGUCAGACACUUUCCCGUACCCAGUUAUCAACGUGUUAUAUGCAAUCACAUUAGGAGGAAAACCAGCUUCCUGCAUCGAUUCAAACAUCCGUUCAGCUUCUUCCAACUUUCCUCUUUGACUAUAAGCAUUGAUCACCACCAACCAGUUCUCCAAAUUCAUCACCACAUUGUCUUCCUUCAUCAUGAAAUAGAUAACUUCUUCCGCUUUAUCGUACAAGCUCAAACGAGUAUAAAUUGUGAUCAUGGAAGAGUAAGCAGACUCACAUUUGAUACCAAAGCUUCUCAUUUGGUUGAACACAAACUCUGCCUCUCUAACAUUCCAACCCUUCUGAUAAAGCCCCAUGAGCAUUCCAAACGUGGCAAUGUUAGGCCGAAUUUGAAGCUCCAGCAUCAUCUUGAACCAUUUGCUGCCCAAUUCGACAUUGCCUUGCUUGCAACAAGCAUAGAUGAGUGUGUUGAAUAGCCGGAAAUCGAGGUGGGACCCACAUUGAUCAGUGGCUUCCUUGAUUGUGGUUGAUGCAGCUUGCCAAUCUCUCCUUUUGGUGAAAACUCGGAGGACUAGAUUGUAAGCAGACUGAUUAUACUCCAGCUUCUUGUUCUUCCUCAUCCAUUCGAAGAAAUGCAGAGUUUUGUCGUCGGUGCUCUCUUUCUCCAGCCUUUUGAGAACGAAAUUGCAGCUUUCUAAGCUCAAAUCAGACUGAACAACACUGUAAUUAACAUCCAGCCCAUCAUCAUACACAAAAAGAUCAUACUUUUCCUGCUUGCCAUGAUUCCUCUUAGAAUCAGGACUAAACCCAACAUGUUUCCUCCUUCCUUUGAUUCCUUUCCCAACUGCACGAUUAUGAACACUCUCCUUCACCUUAUCCUGCAAUUCAGUCCCGAUUUGGGGAGCUCUGGAAGGAGUGAAUCUACUCGACGAAGCGGUAGUAGAAGCUCUAUUGAAGCUGGUCACGUAGAAGAGUGAGCAAUUAGCUGGGAACUGAAGUGGGUUUUUGGAAAGACUUGAUCUUUCGGAAUCGAAGGGCUCUAAGCAGAUGGGAAGUUUCAGGGACGCCAUUGUUAGAAGACGAAAAAGCUUUGGGCUUUCAAGGAAGAUAAUAGAGAGCUACAGAUAAAGAUGAAGAUAACGAAAAGUAACGUACUUACCUUUGAAGGAGUGGGAAAGAAAGGAGGGAAGGAGGGGAAGAGAUAAUAGAAGUGGUGGACUUGGGCGAAGCAGUGGAGGGAAAUCGCUCUCUUCAACACUUGGGGGAUAUUUUGUUUUCUUUGGCUGUUUCCUACUUUCCUUUUCAGCACACAGUGG